CAUCAUGGGCUAGGGAACAGUGAGCAGCCAGUGAAGCAUCCAGCCUGCCGAACAAGCUUGCUUUUAGGGUCAGGAACUGGUCUGACAGGAGAAUGGCAGUCCUGCCUUUAAACUGUCACUAGGACUUUUACGGCUGACGAUGAAUCCAGCAGGACUCCAGAUCCACAGGAGAAAGCCCGCGCAAGAGAAUGUGAAGAGAUAUAUUUCAGGACAUUGUGAGUGUUGCUAAAAAUGUCUGAUAGUGUCGAUAUUGAAGAGAAACCACCAGCCCCCCCCUUGAGAAUGAACAGUAGUUCCCGAGAUUCUUCAUCGCUGAACCACGCAUCCAAACCGCUACCAAUGGCUCCCGAGGAGAAAAACAAGAAAGUCCGCCUGCGCUCCAUCUUUCCUGGAGGAGAUAAGACGAAUAAGAAGAAGGAGAAGGAACGUCCGGAGAUAUCCCUGCCCUCAGACUUUGAACACACCAUUCACGUUGGCUUUGAUGCUGUAACAGGAGAAUUCACAGGUAUCCCAGAGCAAUGGGCCCGCCUCCUGCAAACCUCCAACAUCACCAAGCUGGAGCAGAAGAAGAACCCACAAGCUGUCAUAGAUGUCCUGAAGUUCUACGACUCCAAAGAGACCGUCAACAACCAGAAGUACAUGAGCUUCACUUCUGGAGACAAGACAGCACAUGGCUACAUAGCAGCAAACACUUUGAACCGACUGCUGUCUUCUGGGCCUCCUGUCAGCCUUAGAACCUGCAGCGCAUUAUUUGACAAGGGUGCAAAAACGUCAUCGUCGACAGAUCCGCCGAUCGCUCCGCCGGUGUCUGAAGAGGAAGAUGAGGAGGAAGAGGAAGAGGAGGAGGAGGAAGAGGAGGAAGAAGACGACGAUGAGUUGCCACCAGUCAUCGCUCCACGACCUGAACAUACCAAAUCUAUCUACACACGCUCUGUCAUGGACCCACCAAAGCCCCCCAGCCCGGUGAAGGAGGUGGUGACUCCCCCAGAGUCACAGGUGCAGCCAGAGAAUACCUCCAACACCAUGUACCGCAACACUGACCGGCAGAGGAAGAAGUCCAAGAUGACCGAUGAGGAAAUCCUGGAGAAACUCAACUCAGGAAGUAUUGUGAGCGUGGGAGAUCCCAAAAAGAAGUACACGCGCUUCGAGAAAAUAGGACAAGGAGCGUCUGGCACUGUUUACACCGCCAUCGACAUAGCAACUGGCCAAGAGGUGGCCAUCAAGCAGAUGAAUCUGCAGCAGCAACCCAAGAAAGAACUGAUCAUAAAUGAGAUCUUGGUGAUGAGGGAAAACAAAAACUCCAACAUCGUCAACUACCUGGACAGCUACUUGGUAGGGGAUGAGCUGUGGGUGGUGAUGGAGUAUUUGGCAGGAGGCUCUUUGACAGAUGUGGUGACGGAGACCUGCAUGGACGAGGGCCAGAUUGCUGCAGUCUGCAGAGAGUGUCUCCAAGCGCUAGACUUUUUACACUCCAACCAGGUGAUCCACAGAGACAUAAAAAGUGACAACAUUCUCUUAGGCAUGGAUGGAUCCGUCAAGCUCACCGACUUCGGCUUUUGCGCUCAGAUCACUCCGGAGCAGAACAAGCGCAGCACAAUGGUAGGAACGCCGUACUGGAUGGCGCCAGAGGUGGUGACUCGGAAAGCUUAUGGCCCAAAAGUGGAUAUUUGGUCUCUAGGGAUCAUGGCCAUAGAAAUGGUGGAGGGAGAACCGCCUUACCUGAAUGAGAAUCCACUCAGGGCACUUUACUUGAUUGCAACCAACGGGACCCCCGAGCUGCAGAACCCUGAAAGGCUGUCGUCGGUCUUCAGAGACUUCCUCAACCGCUGUCUGGAGAUGGAUGUGGACCGCAGAGGCUCUGCCAAGGAUUUGCUUCAGCACUCCUUCCUCAAACUGGCGAAGCCUCUCUCCAGCCUGACGCCUCUAAUUUUAGCUGCGAAGGAAGCCAUCAAGAACAGCAGUCGUUAAGGGCUGGCUCCCUGUUCGCGCCCGCGGCUGAAGCCCUGCCUGGGAUGUGCCGGCUCAUAGCAGCAGGAGUUUUGAGAGUAGGGACAGCACAAGGGGGGGAGGUGUGUGACUUACAAAGACAGCACAAGGACAGAAAACCUCCCCAGGCCUCAGACGGAGGACUGACAUCCGGCCUUUGCAGCCUCUAGGUUUGUGCUGCGGGAAGAAAAAAAACAAAAAGACCUUAUCUCCUCGUUUCUCUGUCCAGCACUCUGUACAUGUAGAGCAGUUCAUCACAAGUGUGUGUGAGGGAGUGUGUGUUUGUUUGCACUUCUGUUUGUGUUGCAUCUUUCUGCACAGUAGUUGGACAAUAAAAUACAAAAAAAAUGUAAGAACAGAGGAUCAUUCACAGAAAAACCCUGCAGGAGUGAAGCAAAUACAAAGAUGCCGGCCUGUGCAGCUUUAGGAUUGGUUCCUUUCCUCCGGUCCCUCCAUGGAGCAUGAUCCGGCCGCACCUGAACCUGCAGCAACCAGCUGACGUGGAAUAGCGCCCCCUAAAGCCCAGCGUUUGCCUGCAUGACCAUGGCUCUGUGGACAAAUCUGCAAACACUGUCACAUCAUAAGGUGGCAUAUCUGUGUGUUUUACUGUGUACAUAUGUGAGCGAGUGUGUUGAAAGUCAAUUGACAUGAUCAAUUACAGCCUAAACUCCCUUCUAGGAUCCAUUUCAUAUCUCUCAGGAGGUGUAGAUCGAAAAAAUUGAUCCUCGUCAUCAAAUCUCAGGACAAUUACCUGCAGUUGUCCCUAAAACAGACUGUACAAAAGUAUUCAAUGUGAUUAUCACCUAUUAUAUAAUUUAUAAUCCAUAUUUAUAUCAGAUAAAUCACUCAAGAUAAAAGCAUCUACAAAUUUUUCUGUUUGUGUAAAGCAAACAGAACUGGAUGAGCAAUUUCGAUUUUUUUUCAUUGUGUGUGAUUAGUGAAUUUAAAGUAACAGAAGAAAAAAAACUCAAAAGCAAUGCAUUGAUGAGGUGCUGCUACAUAAACUGACAACAAACUUGAACUCCCUCCUCCCUAAAGAAAGGUUUUGAACAUAAGACGGCCUAAUUUAAAGAGUCGGGAGGAGAAGUGGAUUUCAUCCCGCUCUCCUGGAGGUGUUCGGAUAAGUUGCUGCCUUCUCAGGUGGAAACGCUCAGGCUCUGACCGCCACCUGUCCCCAUCUACCAAACAUGCUGUUAACGAUGCUGCUCGUGCUUUAGUUUUUCUUGUCUUAUAGGAGUUGUUUGUCUUAGAGUUUUUACAUGAGGAGUAGCUUUUUGGAAAGCAGUUGUAUCCACUGAGCGAGUGCCAUUCCAUGAUUGUACCAUUACUCCCCCGGAGGUUUACGGUUUUCCGACAUUCCUUGCAUUCCUGGUUUAGACUCCAUUCUUGUACGCAGGUGGUCUUUGUCAUCCAUCCCCAACUUGUAGCCUAACUCUGUUGCUUGAGUGUGCGCGUUAGGGGGCUACCUCAAGUCUGCAAAACAAAACGCCUCACUAGAGCAUUCCACCUUAACGCCGAGGUGCAGGGUAGCUGCUUUGGUCACAUUGUACCUCUUUUUACAGCAGCUGUGCAAAAGAAAAGGGGUGCAACAGAUUUCAUGCAUGUAAAAAAAUAUACACUGUUACUCCAGAUAGGUUAAGAUUGUUAGGCAAUGUAUGUAUGUACUGUAUAUACAACAGGAAACCCCUCCUUUUUCCAGAACUGUGUAUUGACAAUAUUAAGGUUGCUAUAUAGUAUGUAAUAAAUGUUUUGCACCCUGGAAAUGGAAAAGAGAGGAAUACACACCCCCCAGCUUCUGCACUUCUGGAUCCUCCUUUUUUGUUCUGGACUUCCUCCGUCAUCCGAACCGAGAUGCAUCAGGCUGUGCGCGGGCCCACACAGCCUGAAGAACCACUGCUGUCCUGUGAUGCUUCAUACGUGCACGGCAGGUGUAUGUGGCCUGCUGGGGGACAACUGGCCCCCGAACCCAUGUACAGAAACUUAUGAGCACAAAAGGUGAAGUUUGGGAUGAGACACACGACUGACGUGCCCCCCCCCCUCCCUCUUUCUGUGGUUGCUCCUGUACAUUCUUCUGUUAUGAAUGUGUAAACCUGUACACGUGGUGUUAAAAUUCUUCUAUUAAUGUCUAUCAAGAGAAUGGAACAAAGACGGUUACUUUUUAAAUUAUUACCUUUAUUAUUAUUAUUAUGAUUAUAACUCUUAUUCUUGUCUAGCUUUGUAAAACUGCUGAUCCAUCUGACAUACCUCAGCAGCCACCCCCCACCCCCACCCCCCCAUCCCACCCCAUCUUUAAAAAGAGGACAAAUGAGUGACGGGGAAGUGAGGUUUUGGAUAAACUAUUUUUAAUUGUGUUUGAAGCAAUAGACUUUUUGAACUUUGAAUUGUGCAUGGCUGUGUCUUGAGUGUUAAAAAACAAUAAAAAAUAAAUAAAAACA